AAUACGUUUACUACCUCUGCGGGGUCCUUCACGCAACCCGUUUUUGUUUACCUACACGUCACCAGGAAGAGGGCAGUGAGUUCCAACAGGUGUUUAAGAUGAUGAGACUGGAUUCACAGGAGGCGGAUACUCCACUCUUUGGUGACGACGACGAUGAUGCCACCGCCUUAAAGAGGAAAUCAAAAAUCAAGCAUCCCCUGGCAACGUUCUUUCAUCUUUUCUUCCGCACCACUGCCAUCAUUGUAUACCUACUGUGUGAAAUCCUGAGCAGUAGUUUCAUCUUCUAUAUGGUCACCAUCAUCCUCCUCCUUUCAUGUGACUUCUGGACAGUUAAGAAUGUGUCUGGUAGGUUGAUGGUGGGCCUCAGAUGGUGGAACCAGGUGGACGAUGAUGGAAAAUCGCACUGGGUAUUUGAGUCCAGACCGGCAACGAGUAAGAAAGUUGCGACCAACUCUGAAUCACGGAUAUUCUGGCUUGGUCUGGUUGUGUGUCCAGUCCUCUGGGUAAUCUUCGUGUUCAGUACUCUCUUCUCCUUCAAUUUUAAGUGGCUGGUGGGUCCAAUGCCUUUCCUCCCUCCAUGGGGUGGUGAUCAUGGGUGUGGCUUUACAGUGGGCAAACCUGUAUGGAUAUGUGAGAUGCAAAGUAGGCGGGAAGACCGACUUGAGGAGGUUGGCAACCGACUACCUUGGAAGCCAAUUCUUUAAACGGGCAAUGGCCAAACAGCAGGGACCAUAGAGGUGGAUUUGCAGAGAUUGCUGUUAAUAUUUGAGCUUAUCAAGAGUAUAUUGCCUUGCUUUAACUAAGUGGCAUGGGCAAGGUUAUAACUUCUAAUUCCUGUUGAGCAGGUGGAAGACAUCUCUCUAUUCUGAGGGGACAGGGUUAAAUUCUUACUGAAUCAUACACAUUGUUUACUUUCAGUAUGUUCCAAAAACACUACUGUUUCUUUUUAUUGUUGUUUUCAUUUAUUUUCCAGCUAAUUAAUCAACUACAGCCAUGUUGACAGCCUCUGAUUGUAAUAUAAGACGUGUAUAUACUGGAUUUUCAUCAACUGAAAAUAGUGUGUCAAGAUGAUUGUUUGAAUGAAUGACUAAUUGCACAUUUGGUUAGUUGGUCCAGCAGUCUAAACCCAAAUUUCAUACUCUGGAAGACCUGUACUGCAGUUUGGGUUCGACUGAAGCCCUCGGCACAUUCAGUAAAAAUAAAAAAAUAAAAUCCUAUUAAAAAAAGCUAAAAAAAAAAUGCCUGAAAUUUACAUUUUAAAAAGAUUACAAAACUUACAGUAAAUCUCAGUGUACCUGGGCAAAACCAGUUGAAU